AUGGUGAAGGAGUUUGAGAUGACAUAUCUUGGUUUGAUGUCUUACUUUCUUGGUAUUGAAGUACAACAAACUGAGAGAGGAAUUUUUAUUAAUCAACAAAGAUAUUUUACUGCUACAAGACCUGAUAUCAUGUAUGCAGUUUGGUUGGUUAGUAGGUUUAUGGAAUCUCGUAAACAAUCACAUUUACAAGCUGCAAAACGUAUACUGAAGUACGUAAAAGGAACAACAAGCAUGGGAAUCUUUUAUACUGUCUCAGAAGAUCCAAAGUUGGUUGGUUUCACUGAUAGUGAUUGGUAUGGAGAUACAGAAGGCUGUAUGGUUAAGAAUGAUGCUGAAGUCAUUGUUUCAAGAACAAACGAUACCAACAACAAUAGUUUGUGA